AUGCACCUGCGGUCCUUUCUUUCUUUCGUCUCCUUCGUCAGCCUCAGCGUGGCAGCGUCCCUCGACGUAUCAGUGACAAAACGUCAAUCGACCGCAUGCAACAACUCUCCCUCCCUCUGCUCGAAACCCUACAAUAGCAUCGUCCACCUAGGUGCUCACGACUCGCCGUUCGUUCGAGAUGCCUCGACUGGCUAUUCGACGUCCGGCAACCAAUACUACAACUCGACAGUACAACUCUCCGCUGGGGUCCGUCUGCUUUCGGCCCAGGUCCACAAGUCCAAUGGUGAAUACCACCUAUGCCAUUCUUCCUGUGACCUGCUGGAUGCGGGAAUUCUAUCAGACUGGCUAGAAGAGAUCAAGACAUGGCUGGAUAAUAACCCGAAUGAGGUUGUCACCGUCCUCCUCGUCAACUCGGACAAUGCCACCCCAGAGGACUUGGGGGCACAUUUCACCACGGCACAGAUCACGAACUACGCCUACGUCCCUUCUUCGACGAGCACACCUCCUGCAUCGGGCACCUGGCCGACCUUGCAAGAGCUGAUCAAUGCCAACACAAGACUGAUGGUAUUCGUGGCAUCUAUCUCAGACCCUGCGUCCAUACCAAGUCAAUAUGCCUACCUGAUGGACGAAUUCACCUUUAUAUUUGAGAAUCCUUACGACAAUACCUCCCCCGACAACUUCACCUGUCUGCCGGAUCGGCCAACAGGUGUCCAGGGAAACAGUGAAGCGGCCAUCGCCUCUAACCGGAUGGCAUUCACCAACCACUUCCUGUACGAAGAGGGCCUGUUUGAUAUUGAGACUCCCAACGUGGACAACAUCACCGUCACCAACUCGCCAGGCAACAGCGUCGGAAAUCUGGGGUACAGUCUGUCCCAAUGUAACUCGGCGUACGGCAAACCGUCGACGUUCGUACUGGUUGACUUCUUCGACCAAGGUCCUGCGAUCGCCGCGGUCGAUGCCAUGAACGGCGUCACGAGCCCCGUCGGCCGCACCCCGGUGCCUCCGAGGGAUAGCAAAUCGGGCUCCGAUCGAAGCGAGACGAGUUUCCAGGGCGUGACCAACCUCGUGAACGAAGUCAAAGAAGGGCAAAAGCCAAAACUCGGUGCAUGGAUCUGGGCUGCGGGGCAGUGGACAUUCGGCGGCAUCAAUCUGAGUGGCGGCAACGUUUUCCAGAAAUGA